AUGGAUGCGCCGGGUUCGAUUCACAAUGUCUUCAGUACCGAUCGCCUGUGGGAAAAGCCGUCCUUUUUUGACCCCCGCGAGGCCCACGAACAGUCGCUUUUCCCGCCGCUGCAGCUAGAUAUCGCCGCCAUCCGAUUCGACCACCCCUAUGCCCACAAACAUGACCUCGACCGCGAACUGCGACUGCCCGACCUCGAGACGUUCGAGUUUGGGCCGCUGCCUGAGCUGGAUAGUCUGGAUGAAUCCAGCGUUUCCAUUGAGCCUCCGCCCCUAGAGCCCGACGAAGACGUGUGGCAGGCCGCCCUCGACCAGGGACCCGCAGACAAGGACGUCUUGUUCUACACGUGGGAAUCGUUCGAAAAGAGAGAGCAUGUCCAGACCCCGUCGCCAUAUGUGUCCGAGCAUGGAGCUGAAGCAUUCGACGCUACACUGGCAUGUGAUCACGAGAAGCGCAGUGCCGGCAGGAUACUCAAGGCAGACAUUCUCCUGCAGUCGCUCUGGAACCUCGGCCUGGGCCGCACCUCUAUCCUCUUUCGCUUCAACCCUAAACUGAAAUCCUUUGAGCCUGCUGUCCUAGAAGGGCGAGCUUCGGGGUUGAGUCUGCAGGCUGCCCAGAGUCUCAUCACUCAUUUCACCCACACUGGCAACACGUUUCUCUACUUGCGAUCCUUUGCCGAGCGCACCUUUGCAUCAGCCACAUCUAUACCUGCCAGAGUUGCCCUGGCUACGUCUGUAUCAAGCAUUCUCGCCAGCCUCGAGGAUGCUCUGGGAAAACAAACUUCCAACAUCAGGUCCCUGAUCCAGCUGCAGCACCGGUUCGCCAGGCCGCGCAGUAUCCUCGUCCAUGUUGCCCGUAUGGUCGAUGCUGUCAAGCACGCAAAAACCAACGAGCAACUGUCUUCCAUCAUGCACCACCGUCUGUUAGAGAUUGAAGAAGGCGACAGUCAAAUCCGUCAACUAUCAUGUCAAUUACUCUGUCAAGUAGCCCAGCCCAGUCUCGAACUGCUUGGCGAAUGGAUGGGCAUACGAAAAGAGCAAGCAGCCUUGCCCAUCUGGCAACGCGACAGCUUCGUAACACUCGAAGAUCCUUCUGUUGAUCCAGCAGCCAUUGAAUUUGCGUAUAGAUCGGAAAUGAUGCCGAGGUUCAUCUCUCCCGAAGACGGCAAUACCAUAUUUGAGACUGGAAACAGUCUGCGCUUUCUCAAGACACUACAUCCACAUCACCCGCUGGCUCGCUUAGAUGGGCUGGCUGUCCAGCCUCCGGAUAUGGAGUGGGGGUUUCAGUGGCAGGACAUUGACAAACUAGCAUUAAAAGCAAAGGCCUACGAGGAGAGGCUCAGGCAAGCGCUGCUGGCCUUUAGUGAAGGACAGGACAGUGUUAUAGACCCCUCGUACUUGUAUGCACCUGAGCCUGCAGCAGAGGUUCCUACUAAAGCCCAAGAGCUCGAUCGGUACUUUGAAGACUCUAUCCAAAAGAUGGACGCCUCGCCAGAAUGGUCUUCUGAAACACUGCCUGAUGAGUUGCAGCUCCUCAUGGAAAGCAUACUCAAGAAGAAAGGCGAAGAAGAUGACAUGACUUCCAACAAGUUUUCGCCGCCCAUGUCUCUAGCCUCAACUCUGUCCUUUCGACCGCUAAUCACAGCACAAGCAAAGCUGGUCAACGCGGCCACAGUCCGUCUGUUCUUCCGCUCUCACCAACUGCGUCUCCACUUAUCAUUACAACGGCAAUACCACCUCCUUGGUGACGGUGUCUUCUCGUCACUGCUAGCGACUGCCCUCUUCGACCCAAAUCGUGAAAGUGCCGAACGACACAAAGGAAGGAUGCGCAGUGGAGUGCACAUGGGCUUGCAGUUGGGCUCUCGCAAGUCGUGGCCGCCGGCGAGCUCAGAACUCCGGCUGGCACUGAGAGGAGUUCUUAGUGAGAGCUACUACUCUUCGGCACUCUUUCAAUCCACCCAAAAGGACGGGGAGACAUUCUCGCCCAAGACACACUUGCAUAAUCGAGACAACGACGAACUCCCAGGCCAGCUCAACUUUGCCAUCCGCAAUCUCACUGAAGCCGAGCAAGAGAAGGUCAUGGACCCUGAUGCUCUGCAUGCGCUGGACUUUCUACGACUGCAGUAUGUAGCACCGCCUCCGUUAAAUCUUGUCAUCACUACCGCCGCACUGGACAAAUACGACUUCAUCUUCAAGUUUUUGCUGCGACUAUUACGAAUACUCUUUGUAGUUUCUCAUCUACCCCGCGAAUACCCUGAUCCGGAUUCUCGACACUUAAGGAUGGAAGCAUAUCACUUUGUGAUCACGCUGACCAACUACGUGUUUCAAACUGGCAUUGCCGAGCCCUGGAAUGAAUACGACUCGUUUGUCUCAAAGUUCGAAUCACGUCUUGACCAAGAAGAUAUUGUCGGCGAACUGGGCGUGCGCGUAACAGAAGGCGUAGCCUCCUUGCGUGAUGCGCACGAGAGGUGUCUUGACAGCAUCCUGUUUGCGCUUCUGCUCCGCAAACGCCAACGCAAGGUCAUGGCGCUUGUGGAAGAGAUUUUCGACCACAUUCUCCUCUUCGCCAAGAUGCAGACUGCGAAAACAAAGAACAACGAAGAAACUGUCAAGGCACUCUACGCAACGCUAAGGGGCAAGAUACGUGUCUUCUUGAGUGUGUGCCGUGGUUUGACGGGCAAGCAGGGCUACGGCAAGGGAAGAGGUACAGCGGAAGAAAACUCCAUGGAACGGCUAGUUAUUGCCAUGGAGAUGAAUGGUUAUUUUGCUGCGUCAUGAAGUGGAAAAAGAAACGUGGUCCAAGUAGGUCUUGCCCCACAAUUUUCCUACAAGCUUGAAAGCCUCCUUACCAGUGAGUCUUCCAUGAUCUGUGACGGAAUCUACGGCACGGAACGUGUAGACCAUCCCGCGCGCAGUAGCACUGAGCCUUAGGCUGCCCAAUUAGUAUAACGGUGAUCUGCAGACAUUAGGCGCAUCUUCCUUUUGAAGACUAGGAGGCUGGUGGGGAACUGAGCUAUUACUAGUGAACCAAGUUGCAAUGCCAAAGUCAGUGUGACGUGAG